GUGGAGGGGCAGCCGCCGCCAUGUCGGAGGCCGGGGCCGAGCUCCUGGAGCGCUGCGGGGGCUGCGGGGAACGGCUGCGGCCCGAGCGGGACCCGAGGCUGCUGCCCUGCCUGCACUCACUGUGCGGGGCGUGUGUACGGACCCCGGCCGGGAACGGCCUGGAGUGCCCCAUCUGCCACAGCCAGUGCCGGCCGCAGGACGUGGUGGAGAACUACUUCCUAUGGGAACGCAGCUCCGAGCCUGCUGCCGGGGGACAGGGAGCGGGGCAGUGCUGCACCAGCUGCGAGGACAACGCGGCCGCCACCAGUUACUGUGUGGAGUGCUCGGAGCCGCUGUGCGGGACGUGUGUGGAGGCUCACCAGCGAGUCAAGUACACCAAGGACCACACUGUGCGCGCCAUGGGCAGCGGGCAGGGGCAGGCAGCCGAGCGGACCCUAUUCUGCCCGGUGCACAAGCAGGAGCCGCUGGUGCUGUUCUGUGACACGUGUGAGGCCCUGACCUGCCGGGACUGCCAGCUCAGCACCCACCAGGACCACCAGUACCAGUUCCUGGAGGAGGCCGUCAGGAGCCAGCGGAAGCUGCUGCUGGGGCUGCUCAAGCGCCUUGGGGACAAGCAGGCAGCUCUGCAGCGCUCGGCCCGGGAAGUGCGAGGCUUCAUGCGGCGCGUGGCAGAGGUGCAGAAGCGGGUGCAGGUGGAGGUCAAGGUCGCCAUCCUGCAGAUCAUGAAGGAGCUCAACAAGCGGGGCCGGGUGCUGGUCAGCGAUGCCCAGCGGGUCACCGAGGGCCAGCAGGAGAAGCUGGAGCAGCAGCACUGGGCCAUGACCAAACUGCAGCAGCAGCAGGAGCACAUCCUGCGCUUCACCUCCUGGGCGCUGGAGAGGGACAACAGCACAGCCCUGCUGCUGUGCAGGAGGCUGAUCUGCCUGCAGCUGCAGGGAGCCCUCAAGGCCAUGGUGGAGCCUGUGGAGCCUCAGGGGGAUAUGAAAUUCCAAUGGGAUCCGGGUGCCUGGACCAGGAGCGCCGAGAGCUUCGGCACCAUCGUAUCAGAGCGGAGCCUCCCCCCCCACCCUCCAUCCCUCAGCCCCAAUGGCCCUGGGGCCUCACAGGGCCCCCCCCAAACUGUGGUGGUGAGCAAAGGGCAGCCCAGCCCCAUGGUGCAAGGCAGCCCAGCCCCCCCCAAUGGGGCUGAGGAGGGGCUGGGGGGGCCCCCCCCACUUCAGGGUCCCAUUGGGGGGCAGGGGUUGGGGUGCCCCAACCUGUCCCCCCCCCACCUGUACCCUGAGAUGGCCGAGAGUGGAGGGGGCACAGAGCUGGCAGCCAAUGGCCCCCCCGAAGCUGCUGGCACCAAAAGGAAGAGGAGCUGCCCGGUGCCCUCCCCCCUCCUGCCCAAGGAGCCCUGGGUGCGCCUGGAGCGCCUGGAGCUGGGCCUGGAGCCGGGAGCGGCUCCGGUCCCAGUGUUCCGGGUGCUGCCUGGAGCCUCCGCCCGGGAAUUCAGCCUCAUCGUCAUCGAGCGUGGCCAGCCCCGAGGCCCCCCCGCGGCCAUCAAGGAGGAGCAACCAGAGGACACAAAACCCCUUCCCAUCCACCCCAAUGGAGCAGCAGGCACUGGUUCCUCUUCCUCCUCCUCCUCCUCCUCGGAUCCAAGCUGCAUCCCGGGAUCCCUGCUGGGCUCCGUGUCCUGCUGCCGCGUGUGCCGCUGCGCCGGAGCCGUGGUCAUGUGUGACCGCUGCGAGCGCUGCUUCCACCUGUCCUGCCACCUGCCCGCCCUGCAGGAGGUGCCCAGCCCCGAGUGGAGGUGUUUGCUCUGCCAGGACCUGCCCCCCCCCAGCCAGGACCUCACCGAGGGGCCCCCCCAGAAGCUCUGCCCUUUGGACCAGCAGAAGUGUGAGUUGGUGCUGCUGCAGCUGCUGUGCCAUGAGCCCUGCCGGCCGCUCCAUCACCUCCCCAGCUCCACGGAUACCCCAGACCCCAUUGACCUGACGCUCAUCCGGGCCCGGCUGCAGGAGAAGCUGAGCCCCAGUUACCGCAGCCCCGAGGAGUUCGCUCGGGACAUCUGGAAGCUGCUGAGGCAGUUUGGGACCCGGAGCGAGGACAAGGAUCACGUCCAGUCCGUCCUGGCCCUGCAGAGCUUCAUUGAGUCCAGGCUUGAUGCUGCCUUCGGGAAUGGCAAGUUCUCGGCUGCCCAAUUCCUUAUGGAGCCUGUUGUCCCUAUGGAUGAGGCUCCAGCGGCUGCCCCUGCUCCCGGUGCUGUGGGUCCCUGAUGCCUUCCUAUGGGAACUGGGUUCAUCCCAUUGUGGUGUCCGUGUCUGUGUCAGUUGGAGAAAUAAAGCCGUGGUCGAGCCCCC